AAGUAAAAAACCUAAGCUGUUGUUUGUGUGGUCUCCCGUUAUUCGAAUCUUGUGUGUCAGUAGAUACUCGCCAGUCAACACUCAACAGUUGAUUGUCGAACUAGUUACUAGAUCAUAAAUUGGUCAGUUUGCAUCAACCAGGCAUACGAAACGCACGCAUUACGGUGUUUACGAAGAUGGCGGCCAUCACAUCCACACCAAUAAACAGAAUUACCCGCGAUAAUUUAACAGUGCUCAUCAGGAAUAACAGGUUGAACGAGUCCUUGGAAUUUGCUUCGGAUACUGAUAAGAUGGAAACUGAUUCUCCUGUCCGAAAACCUCUAAAUUUAAAAAGCAAAAAGCUGUUCCAUUCACCAGUCGAGGACACCAGUCCACAGAGGCUAGAGUUUGCUUCUAGGAACGAGGGAAGAAAGCAGUUAAAACGGAAAUUAAGAAGAAGAAGCCUUAUCCCGGAUGAUGAAGUGAAAAUCAAGAUGGCGUACGUUGAGGAGUGCAAUAGAGAGGGCUAUAGCCCAGAACCGUAUGGGGGAAUGAGAAAAAGGGUGUUAAUCAGUCUGUUUCACAAUAAGGAGUAUUCUAUGGAUUGCUGUGAUUAGUAUAAAUCUAAUAAUAAUAAUUUUAAGUGAUUGAAUAAUUUAAUAGUUAUGUUAUUAUAACACCAAUAAAAUGUUAAACACGGUGUUAUAUUUAUGACAUAUCAAAAAAAAUAUAUGUAGAAUAAAAAUAAUUACUGUCUUCCAGAUUAAAUUUAUAAGUACCGAAUCUAUAAUAAUAGAUUAAUUUUAAGGAAUGUAUAUUUAAGGUAACAUUAAGAUCAACCUCAAUUGGUUAAUGGAAUAAUAUGAUAUAUUGCAAUAAACGAGAAUAGCGAGACUGUAAAAAAUAUUUAGAUUAAAAUGUAAUUAAAUUAAUACAUUUUUUUA